UUUGCAUUUUAUUUGUAAUCAUAUUGAAAAGAAUUUUUGGCUAUGACGAACCUAAACUGUAACUAAAACUACUUUGUUGGGGUAGUUCCACAUCAGUCUUGAUCCACAAGGCAACGAUACAAGAUGUCCAAACUUCCAAUACUUUGUAUUUUAUUGGUUAUUAUUGUCGUCAGUGUUGAAGUGGAAGGCUAUAAAAGAGGCGGCAGAAAACAAGGUAAAGGAAUACAAACUGGGACAGAAGUUAGUGAGAAUAGCGAAAAAAGUCCUGGUAGUCAAGGGAAAGGUGAAAAACAAACUAGCAGUACUGCAGCUAAAAAAAGCAACAGUGGAAGCAAAGGCAAAAGACACAAGCAACGUGGAGGAAAAGGCAGAAGAAAAAAGAAACGACGAUGCCAGUGUAAACGUGUUUCUGUGAAGAUAAUCACCAGGUGCACGAAAGGAAAAAGAAGAAUGAAGACAUGUUCAACGAAGAAAAGGUAUUUCUUCACAAGAACAAGAUGCUACUACCCAUUUGGUGAUUCAAAUGGAAGUGGAUCUGACGGAGACGGGACAGGUACAGGUGGUGGAGAUGGUGGAGGUACAGGUGGUGGAGAUGGUGGAGGUACAUGUGGUGGAGGAGGAUGUGGAGAUGGUGGUGGUACAGGUGGUGGAGAUGGUGGAGGAGAUGGUGGUGGAGAUGGUGGUGGAGAUGGUGGGGGAUAUGGUGGUGGAGAUGGUGGUGGAUAUGGUGGAGGAGAUGGUGGGGGAGAUGGUGGAUUAGGUGGUGGAGAUGGUGGAGGAGAUGGUGGAGGAGAUGGUGGUGGAGAUGAUGGAGGAGGUGGUGGGGGUACUGGAGAUGGAGAAGAUGACUUAAUCAUGCUCAAUGAUGACUGCACGGAGGCUGAAAACCCAGAAGAUCUGAAGGACACAUGUGCUAACGGUAUAGUAAAAGAUCCAGUAGAGCUAUACUUCGGAACUAGCUGUCCAACGCAUUUCCUCCAGUGUGACCUGAAUGGAGGUGCAUUUAUAAUGCCAUGUCCACCUGGAACCGAAUGGUGUCAACAGAAGUUAACAUGUGACUUUAUCGGUCGUUGUAAUGCUUAAAUAUAUACUAUCAGAGCACAGAGGACUUCAUCGAUAUAUUUAGAUUCCAAGUAACUUCAUAGAUUUCAUCCAUAUAUCUAGAUUUCAAAUUCAAGUAACUUCGUAAAAUGUUUUUCUUUUUUUUUUUUUUUUAAGUUUUACCUCUCAGACUGUGUAAUACAAAUUUAUAAGUAAUAUGACUAAAUGUAUCUCUUUAUGUUUAUAUAUCUGCCUAAAUGUAUAACCUCAGAACAUCGUAUUAAUAAAAUUUAAUCUGCA